UCCUCAAAAACUCCUCUCUUUUUCUUCUAUCUCAAAUACUAAUUCAUUUAUCUCCUUUGUAAAUAUUAUUGGGAUCUAGGGUUCUUGGUUUUUUCAAACUUGGUCAAAAUUCAAAUUGGUCAUCAAAUCAAGCGGCUGUGAUUGUUUCUCCUCCGCAUUGACGCGAUGCCACCUCGCGCAUCUAAGCGAAAAUCGGCCCCACCCAACUCCUCAACCGUCACAUCAUCCGACGGCCGUUCUGUCUCAAGUAAAGCUAAAACAAAGGGGAUGGAGAAAAUAGAUCGUUUGUUCAAUUCAUAUGCCAAUAGUUCAUUAGGCGUGAUUGAUCCAGAUGGUAUUGAAGCACUCUGUUCAGAUCUAGGAGUGGACUACACUGAUGUGAGGAUAUUGAUGCUUGCUUGGAAAUUAAAAGCUGGAAAGCAGGGCUAUUUCACCCAGGAUGAGUGGCGAACUGGCAUGAAAGCAUUGGGGGUCGAUUCACUUAGCAAACUGAAAAAGGCACUUUGCGAACUGGAGAUUGAGGUGGGGAAGCCAACGAACUAUGAGGAUUUCUAUACCUAUGCAUUUCGAUACUGCCUAACAGAGGAGAAGCAAAAGAGCUUGGACAUUGACAGCAUCUGUGAAUUGUUGAAUCUUGUUCUGGGAGCCCAAUUUCGUCCUAAGGUUGAUGUACUAGUCGAGUAUUUAAAGGUCCAGAGUGAUUACAAAGUAAUAAACUUGGACCAGUGGAUAAAUUUUCUCCGUUUUUGCCAAGAGAUUAGUUUUCCAGAUCUUGGAAAUUAUGAUUCAGCCCUAGCUUGGCCGUUGAUUCUUGACAAUUUCGUCGAAUGGAUGAGACAAAAGCAUGGCUAGAGUUGGCAUCUUUUUGUGUUUCUUGCAGUUUGCUGAUUUUAUAAGGACCUUGCAAGAACCCUAACCAGUAACCAUGGAGCUGGCUCAUUUAACUGAUUAAACCGAAUUUUGCUGAAACUUUGUUUUUUUUCUGUGCAUGAUAAACCCCUACAAUUUUGUUAUCCUGAGAUCAUUUUAUACAUUCUGCAUUCAGUAAAAUACAGUUUUCUUUC